AUGAAUGCUAUAUUAACCGCUACAAUUGAUAACGAAUUGAUAGGAAGUCCAGUGGUAGAUUGUGAGGACACCAUGGUAUCGCUAACAUUCAGAACCAGAAAACCAUUUACCGGACGUGUGUAUGUACGUGGGCUAGCUGAUGAUGACCGAUGCUCCAGGAAUUUUGCAUCAAAUGUCGAUCAGAACAAAUUUUCAAUGAUGAUUCAAAAUGGUGAUUGUACCAUGCAACGGCAGCGAGUUACUGGUUCUUUGGAGGGUAUUAUGUUCUCUCUUACAAUCGUAGUAUCGUUUCAUGGGACAUUUGUAACGCGGGCUGAUCGUGCCUAUCGUUGCAUGUGUUUUUUCCGAAAUAUCAAACGGUUAACAUCCGGUGUGGAUAUGUCAUCAAUUGGCACUACUGAGCUGAUGGAUGCGGUACAAAUGCCCAGUUGCACAUAUAGCAUUCAUGCUGGAAGCGCAGAUGGACCACCAGCUGUUUACGGCCAAGUCGGUGAAAAAAUUUACCAUGUUUGGGAGUGUGACGAUGACACACAAGGCUUUUUGGUACAUUCAUGCUUCGUUAACGAUGGACGAGGAACACGAUAUGACUUGCUUGACUUGGAUGGAUGCGCUAUUGAUCCAAUUAUUCAACCUGAUGUGCAAUAUGAUGAAGAUCUGAAAAGAGCAGUGGUGGAGACAUGGGGAUAUAAGUUCAGUGAUACUUCAGUCCUGAAUUAUCAGUGUGUCGUUGAGUUGUGUAAGAAAAGUGCUGGCGAAUGUGAAGGCCUUACUCCACCAACAUGCACUAGUAAUAAUCGAAUUCGGCGCAGUAUAGCUGACAACAAUUCUAGGUGA